AUGGCUCCCCCAGCUUUUGGCCGUCGUCUCUCGGAUCUGCCCAGGGGAAAGUCAAUAAAAUCGGCCUUUGAUAGCGAGAGUUUCGAUGCCGACGGCACCAUCCAUGUCGAAGGAUUCGUGGGAUCUGCCACCAUCUCGCCGUCGGGACGAGAUGUUGCCCUUGCUUCCCCCGAGGGUCUCGCCAUUGUUGACCUCGACUCGCCGUGGAGCCCGCCGCGGAGGCUGAGUAGCCAUGGCCUUCCAUGGCUUGUCGUCGAUGUGCAGUGGUCCCCCUUCGCCGCCCGCGACUACUGGGUUGCCUCGACGGCCAACCAUCGCUGUCUUGUCUGGAACCUCAACCUACGCGAUGAUUCGUCGUCUGGCGCCGUCGAGCACUCUCUCCAGAGCCACACCAGGGCCAUCACUGACAUCAACUUCUCUGCCCACCAUCCGGAUUUCUUGGCCACCUGUGCAGUCGAUGGUUAUGUCCACUGCUGGGAUCUCCGUAGGCCGCGCCGGCCCGCCCUCACCUUCUGCGACUGGUUUGCCGGCGCCACCCAGGUCAAGUACAAUCGCCAGGAUCCACACAUUCUCGCCUCUUCCCACGACCGUUGGCUCCAUAUCUGGGACAACCGCAGGCCUGUAGAACCCCUCAAAACCAUCAGUGCCCACGCCUCAAAGAUUUACGGCGUUGACUGGAACCGCACACGCUCCACUGGCAUCGUCACCUGCUCGCUUGACAAGAGCAUCAAGUUCUGGGACUACCGUAAAAGCGACGAACUGCCGGAGAGGGUCAUCCGCACCGAUUUCCCCGUGUGGCGCGCUAGACAUACCCCCUUUGGCUGGGGCCUCCUCGCCAUGCCGCAAACCGAGCCUGGAAACCUCUAUCUCUACGAUCGCCGCGCCGCCCCUGACCGUCCCGUGGAUGGCGCGCUGGAUCCAGUCGCCGUCUUCCCCGGCCACGGCAACCACAAGGUGAAGGAAUUCCUGUGGCGAAGCCGCGGCGGCGUCACCGGCGAUGGCAUGGACGAUCGCGAGUUUCAGCUCGUGUCUUGGGGCGAGGACAACCAGCUGCGGCUUCAGAAGAUGGAGCCAAAGUUCCUAGAGGCCACCGGAUAUGUCCGAGGCGCCCCCUUGAGGAGAAACCUCAAUAUCACGCGAAAGGGUGCGACGUACAAGACGUUUCGUACCGUCAAAGACAGCGUCAACCGCGACCGGAGGAUCCCUACCAUGAGCGACCCACGCCCCGGCAGCGGUGGCCAGCAUCGCACCAGCGCCCUCAGCUUAGGGCUGCGCAUGCGGUCUCGCCGGAUGGGGCCCAUAUGGGCUGCCACUUCGAUGAAACACAAGACCAAAUCCCCCAAGGACAUGGACAAAAGCCAGCUCCAGAUUGGCUGGAUGAAGGGAAUCACCAUGUCUAAGAGAAAAUCUGGUUCAGACAUGCAUAUCCAGUCGGGAGACGACGGGGACUCCCACUUGUUCAGUCCUGGGUAUGACGUCGGCUGGGGCGAGCCCGAGUCCAUCCAAGACGAGCUGCUCCGCAUAAGCAGCCGGUUUCCCAAUGUCAAGCUGGAGAACAUUGACAUGGAUGCCCUCUCCCUGAAUGCUUCCCUGAAGGGCCCGUGGGGCGUCGACCGCGAGACGAUAUUCAUCAAGGUCAAGGUAGACAUUCCUUCCAGCUAUCCCAAGAGUAAGCCGCCUAGGUUCUCCGUCGAAAAGACUUCGUUCAUGCCCGGCGACGUCCACAAGAAGAUCGAGAACGAACUGCACGAACUCGCAAAUCGCUUCUUGAAAAAGAGCCAAAACUGUCUCGACGUCGCCUUCACAUACUUGCUUGGCGAGGUUGAUCUGGAAACCAGCACCGCAUCUCUUUUCAAGAAUGUGCUAGACCUGGACGACGAGAUAGACCCGUUUGUAGACGACAGUUCUAGCGACGAAGACGAGAACUGGAUCCCCACGGGCGGCUCGGUAUCCAUGUCCCAGGAACUCUCGGCCAGCGCCGAGCUUGAUCCAACAGCUUCGUUGGCCCCAACCCAACGUUUACACAUACCUCCGCCUCCGAGGUACUGCGGAGCCAGGUUUUCUAACGAUGGCAGGCUAAUCUGUUUCUUUCCAACCAAAGAAGAAAGGGAAACCUCAGCCUUGUUUGCCCUUCCCCAGCUCGAUUCCCUUCCGGAACAGCCGAAGGAGGAGCCGACCUUUGCGGGGUUUGGGCGUCUCUCCGACGAUGCAGCACCGCAUAAACAGAGCCUUAUGGACGAGAAUUCGGCGACCGAUGACCAGUCGGAAACGUCAGAAGACUCGGAUUCGACAUUGUCUAGCGACUCGGAGCCGACGACAGUGCACAAGAUCAACCUAUUCUACCAGCCUGGCCGUCAUUUCAGAAAGACGUGGAGCGCCAGCAAUUCGCUGCGCUCUAGUGGGGCGGGGACUGGCGCCGGGACCGCCACUGGCACCGGCACAGGCACAGGAGCGAGCCAGAAGAAGUCUACCAAGCCAAGAAACAUCCUUUGUAUACACGACAUGCAAUACUUGUUGCCUUCAAAGAAAGAAUUCGCCCAAGAAUAUGCUAUAUUCGGCGACGGUGCCGAGGUCUGCACUCACAAUGCCGCGGUUGCUGAGAAGUACGGUCAUACCGACCUGGUGCAUAUAUGGCAGUAUGCCGCCAUUCUGCUGAAGAGGGGGAUCCCGCUGGAGCUUCACAAGCAGCAAUAUGGACGCCAUUCAGUUCUCCUCAUAGCCCGAGAUGCUGUUUCCCAUGCGGGUAAGGAGAAGAAGCGAGGAGGCAAGAAGUCAAACCGUCCCACCGGCCUUUCAGGCCGAGUCAGAUGGGGCUACCACCCCCUCGCCCAAGACCUAAUCAGCGACCUUUUUGCCUACUUUGAGAGUCUUGCCGACAUCCAGAUGUUGGCUAUGCUGUCGUGCAUAUUUGGCGGCUCAUCUACCCACGAAAGCGUGUUUCUUGCGGAUCCACGAAACCCUCAGCCCCGAACACCGCUCCCAAUGAAGGCGCCCUCGUUCUCCGUCGAGUACUUUCCCACUGAUCCUGAGCUGUGGAAUACACAAUGCAGAAGCCAGGCCAGUUCGGCCAUCACAACACCAAGAACAGCCCAUACCCCUGUCCUGUAUUCCGAGUCUCAAAACUCUGAAGACUUUUCGGGACUGGCCGAGUUUGGGCCUAGUUCGUAUUCUCGUAGCGAUACGCCGCCGCGACUGGGUCGUGACCAUUUCCGGGAGGUCGACCACACGCAAAGCCUGUCCACUUCCCCGAACACCAGGUUCUUCCACCGCUCUAAUUCGACCAUGGCCGCUGCACUUGCUGCGAGCCUUCCGCGAGCGUUAGCCGGCAUCGUCUCGGGGUCGCCUCCCGAGCCUCCGCGGAAGCGGCCGAGCCCCGUCGAGACAAUACUGAGCAAUCUCACCCCCAGCAGCAUAACGUGGGGCGCCCCAGCUGUAUUUGGUGGCCGGGCAACUGAAACUCCUGGAACGGCGCGCACUUCGAUUUCGGACGACGAUUUUCGGAGGGAUGAGCUGCUACCCCUUGUCCCGGUGGCAGUUUCGUGCGUUUCCGAGAACCAAGCCAUUUUUGACGACGACGGUUGGGUGACGAAACCUCUCCUUGACCAUAACCAUGGCGUACUCUACACGCAAUACCGUUAUGCGUAUGCAGAGCUGCUGCAGAUAUGGCGCCUCCCUCUCUCUCGCCUUGAGAUUAUGAAGUUCAACGCCUUCAAGGACCCCAAGCUUUCUGACGCGGCCCCCUUUGGCAGUGAUGACGAUGACGACGUUUACCACGAAAGCCGCUCUGUUCCGCGGGCCCCGGCGAACAGCAGGCAGAGCUACGGCACCACUCCAAGGAACAUGUCUCCAACCAUGCCGCUUGGUAGGCGCAGGGCGCUGUUGCGAAACGCUGCCACUUCGGGCCGUGGACUCGAUAUCCUGGGCCUCUGCCGUAUACACGAGACGCCUCUCGAUCCCAUCGAACGCCUCCGGCCGUCCCCCAAACUCGAGUUUGGUGGCGCGGUCGGCGUCUGUAAUCGCUGCCACCCGUUCUCGAGGAUACCGCAGACGCAUAUGCGGUGUGUCUACUGCCUCGGUCUGAUCGAUGGUCUCUACUCGGCAUGUCUGUCCUGUGGGUGUGCCACCCAUCCUGCGUGCCUGUCCGAGUGGCAUGCCAUGGGCGAGCUCGAGUGCCCUGCUGGUGACGAGUGCAACUGUGCGGAGGAAGCAAGCAGUGGUCAUGUGGAAAGCUGGCCCGCAUUGCAGGCUGCCAUGGCCAUGAGGCGGAAGAGGGCGAGUGGGCUUGCUAGAUUAGCCAAGCGUUUAGUGGCGGGAAACAUCAGCAGUCGGCUGGCUACUAAUGCCCCGUUAGACACGGAGCGACUGAGGCGCCGGUCUGUGCCGUCAGAUUUAGCGAAAGCCGCGGCGCUCAUUACGGCCAGGUCCGCUGCCAAAUCGAGGGACAACGAGAACAUGACAGGUUCGGGCUCCGGAAAGCGCGUUGCUCGCCGCGCGGACGAUGAUUACGGUGGUAGAGUUGACCGGCAGGGCUGGGGGAGGGCUUCGGCAAGCCAUGGGGGGGCCAUUCCGUCAAUAGUUCUGAAAGAUGAGGCUUCGGCUACGGGGAAGCCGCCCCCCCACGGCGACGAGCCCGUCUCCGCGGCCCGCCUCAGUCUGGGCAGCAGGCUCAAGAGGACCCUCGGAGGAGACUCUGGGAGACCGGGCACCCCGCGGCGGAAAUCCGGGGGUGUCGCAAUGUGGAAGUCGUAG